CAAACACACAUGACUGGACGAGACGCAGCAACUGGAAAAGUUUAUGAAUGGCAAAAAGGGAACCAUCAGUGAUAUGCUGCCUUUCUCUCGCUCUGUGUGCUCUCUGUAUUGGCUGUGCUGCGUAAUUUACAAAAACACACAUGACUGGACGAAAUGCAACAACUGGACGAUAUUAUUUAUGGCAGAGAGGAACCAUCAGUGAUAGCUCCGGACCUCUCGCUCCUCUCAGCAGCCUCCAGCAGCAAAGACAGCGGCAGAUCGAGUCCCUCAAGUCCGCUCAUCCCAGCCUUGCAGAGAUUCAGAAGGAUGUUGAGUACAGAUUACCUUUCACAGUCAACAACUCCACCAUUAGUGUUAACAUCCUGCUGCCUCCUCAGUUCCCCCAGGAGAAGCCGGUGGUUAGCGUCUACCCCCCUGUUGGUCAUCAUUUAGUCGACAGCAAUAAUGGCACCAUGAUCACUAGCCCACUCAUCACUAAUUUUGGGAUGCACUCAGAUCUGGGUAAGGUCAUUCAGAGUCUGCUGGACGAGUUCUGGAAGAGUCCUCCUGCCUUGAUGUCCUCUGGCCAGGCUGGCUUCCCAUACAAUAUGUACAAGCCGUCGGGCAUGGCGCCUUACCCCACUCAGGCUUAUCACUAUCCUCGUCAUGGGGGCCCCAGUCACACUCCGCCUUCUGGUCCAGGCCUAGCUCCAGCUCUCAUGCCUCACCCAGGGGUCGAUAGUGGCCAUGGGCCCCCUCGAGCUCCAGCCCCAUACGGCCUGCUUUCUGACCUGCCACUGCCUGUUCCUACUGGAGACUCCCAGGCUGGACUAAACGGACACAUGUACAAGAUGCCUGAGAUUCCUGAGUCUUUUCCUGAACUCUGUGAUUUAAAUCUGACCCAGUUAUCGGAGAUGUCUGAAAACGAGGAUGUGCUUCUGGAGUUCUUUGUGAGUUUGCCACAACUGAAGCAGGUCACCAGCGAUAAAGAAGAGCUGGUCACAAAUAUAGUGGACAUGGCCAAGAAAAAUCUUCAGAUGGAGCCGCAGCUGGAAGGAAAACGACAAGAAAUGCUCUACAAGUACGAACAGCUGACUCAGAUGAAGUUGGCCUUUGAAAGCAGAAUGCAGAGACAGCAUGAGCUCAGUGAGAGUUGCAGUCUUAGUACUCUACAGGCUCGGUUAAAAGUAGCAGCCCACCAGGCGGAGGAGGAGUCGGAGGAGACGGCUGAAAACUUCCUGGAGGGACGGGCAGACAUAGAUGAAUUCCUCACCAGCUUCAUGGAGAAGAGAACGCUUUGCCACAGCAGAAGAGCCAAAGAGGAAAAAUUGCAACAGUCCAUCAACACACAUGGACAGUUUCCUACCAGCCACUAAAACACAAGGUGUGGUGCUUUCUCAGCCAACUGCUGCCAACUUAAAGGAUAAAGACAUUUGACGGGACAAAAAGCACACUGAGUCAACAAUGGGCCCUUUGGAGAAAUAGGGAGACAGUGGUGGGCUAACAAAAAGGAAUCCCUCUCUGCUCGGAUCUGGGCUAAUAAAUACUGUUGAAGUUGGAUUGUGUGAGUGCAAGACAGAAAACGCUAAUGAGUCACCACAAGAGGCCAAAACUGGGAAAAUGAGUGACACAUGCUUGGCUUUUCCAACCACAUUACUAAGGAUUGAUCACAGCGUGGAUCAUUUCUAUUGCACAUACUGUUUGUUCAGUUUGACUUGACAGCGAUGAUGAGUUGUUUUUUUUCCCCCUGAAUUUAUGUAACGUUGCUCAAUCAGAGCAACACAUGCACCUGAUCAGUGUGGUUGCUGAUGAGAACUCAUUUGGAAAAAGGUACAAAUUGUUUAGGACAGGACUCCCAAUCAAACUUUCUCUCUUAAUGCCGUGAGCAAGUAAAUGUCACUAUUGAAUAAUUGUUAAAAUGCUAAUGCUGGUGUCUAUAACUCUAUCUCUGAGAUCAUUGUCAGGACCUUGCUUUCUUAUUCCAGAAAGGUCCUACAGGACAGAAAGAAGAACAACGUUUGUACUGCAAAUCUGCUGGUAACGUUGGAUUUGUUGAACUAGAUGUUUACGUUAAACUCAGCAGUCAAGAUAAUCUGUCCAAAUUAGUCCUGAUUUGUAAUUUAACAACUCCAAUUUGAGAUUCUCCAACAAAAAAGAAGCAGGCUCGGGGCAAUGUUGUCAGGAGAGCUUAAAAUUACACAUAACAGACCUGGUUACUGAUCAGUAUUUUUAAAUGGCUGGUUUAGGGUUGUGGCGGGAUAAUACAAUUAUUUCCUGGAGGUUUAUUAUAAACUUUUUCAGACAUUGAAAAGUUUAACAAAUUGAUUUAAUUUAUGUAAACUGAGGUUAUUUGGGCUAUCUGAGUACAGUAAACCAUAUAAACGGUUUGCUUUUUACAUGAAUCAAAGUAUUGGUGAUGAUGUAAACAUGCUGAUAAUGAUGAGCAGCACUGUUAUGAUAACCUGUCUGUUCCUGAGACCUUAUGAAGAGCCUCAGAAGAUUUGGGAUGAUGUUGAGGAAUAUUAGGGUUAAAUGCUGCAGUAAAACAUGAGGACAUUGGAUACUGUAUUUAAAUAAUGUUAAUAAUAUGCUUUAUUGUAAUCCAAGACUCAGACACCUUGUAUUAUAUGUUCUUAUUUAAUUUGUUAGAGUAAUAAAGCAUUUAGAAUACAUCUUGUUUGCU